AGUAGACGCCCCUAGUUCCGGAAGCGCUUCUGUCCCGGAGAACUAUGGCGGCGACCAGGCCACGGUGGCUGCUGCAGUUGCUGCAAAGGGCAAACGUGGGGCGGGCUUCGACCCCAGCUGUUAAGAGCAUCCUCGGAGCCUCCCGGCCCGCAGGUUGGGCCUGGAGGCUGAGUAGAUGUGGCAGUUCUGCAGCAGAAGCACCUGCCACCAAAGCAGAAGAUGACUCCUUUCUCCAAUGGCUCCUGCUCCUCAUUCCUGUUUCUGCUUUUGGCCUGGGGACAUGGCAGGUUCAACGUCGGAAGUGGAAGCUGGAGCUGAUUGCGGAGCUUGAGUCUAGAGUUGGGGCGGAGCCCAUCCCUCUGUCAGCAGACCCAAUGGAACUGAGAAAUCUGGAGUACCGGCCAGUGAGGGUCAGAGGGCACUUUGACCACUCCAAGGAGCUGUAUAUGAUGCCUCGCACCAUGGUGGACCCUGCUAGGGAGGCUCAGGAGGCCGGCCGGCUCUCUUCUUCAGCUGAGAGUGGUGCCUAUGUCAUCACUCCCUUCCACUGCACUGACCUGGGAAUCACCAUCUUGGUAAACAGAGGCUUUGUCCCCAGGAAGAAAGUGAAUCCUGAGACUCGCCAGAAAGGCCAGGUUGAGGGAAAGGUGGAACUAGUGGGGAUUGUGAGACUGACAGAAUCCAGGAAACCAUUUGUCCCUGAGAACAAUCCAGAAAGGAACCACUGGCAUUAUCGGGACCUGGAUGCUAUGGCCAAGCUCACAGGCACAGAACCCAUUUUCUUAGAUGCAGACUUUGAGAGCACAAUCCCUGGAGGGCCCAUCGGAGGGCAAACCCGAGUGACACUGAGGAAUGAGCACCUGCAGUAUAUCAUCACUUGGUAUGGACUCUGUGCAGCCACUUCCUAUUUGUGGUUUAAGAAAUUCAUACGCUGGGCCCCAACUAUGUGACCAGAUGAGCUGAAUAGUGAUGGUGACUUUGUUCUAGAAAAAUGUUAUCUAGAGACAAAUAAAUCUAAACUACAUGC